AUGGAUGAGGACUGCUGCGUUAAAUCUGCUCUGGACUGUUUUCGGGCCAAAGUGUUUUACCUGUCAGUCACUGAUGCCAAACUAAAGCGCUCACAGAAGAUCAUCUCACAUGAGCUUCGCAAAUCAGUCAUUCUGGACAGUGUGUCCAAUUGCAAGCCUGAAGAGAUACAGAAAGCUCAGUGCAAAUCAUGUGACUCGUACAAGAAGGUUGACAGCCAAACAUUUGUGCAGAAUUUUCAAACUCUUCUGCAGAAGGUUAGUUCAAAACGAUCCUGA